AUGAAUCAUGCAAGUUAUUCUUCGAACUUUAUUAAACCUUUCACUUUAAAUAGUAUUGGGAAGUUGACAACCCUCCCAUCUCUUCCGGAUGAUAUCCUUUUCAUUAUCAAAAAGGAUUUGGAUUUUGCAUCGACAAUCGCUUUAAGGAGCGCGUGUCGUCAAUUGUAUUCCGCAUUACCAGAUUCUCUCUUGUUCUCAAAAAUAGUUCUCCCUCCCACCUUAACUCAACAACAGUUUGAUAAUCUAUUCUCUUACCUACUUUCAACGAAUAAAACUCAAAUUAUUCGUAAUUUAACAUUUGAUCAAUCACAAGUGACCGAACGUGCUAUUAUUUCCGUAAUGAAACAUUGUAAGAAUUUACAAGAUUUAUGCAUCUUAUCUUGCAAAAAUGUUAUGUUAUUGCCAAUGACAAAUGCGAUGGUACAAUGGCAUCAGGAUAAAUCAGGAAAUUCCCCGGAUUUGAAGGAGUUAAAAAAGAUUAACUUGACCAGAUGCAUCGGUGGGAAAAGACAUUCCUUAACCAUUAAAAAAGUUAUUCAAGAUUUACGUAAAUUACAAUCGAAUUCCGAGUCGGAAUUAUAUGAUGAUUCAAUUUCAGCAAAGAUCAAUUUGAUCAUAAAUUCCACUCCCACUCAAUCAUUAUUGGAUGGCGUAUUUCAACUUCGAAAUUGUCAAGAUGAUACAUGUGAAUUUUGUACAAUGUCAUGUGCGAGUUGUAAAGCAAGGUAUAAAUAUUGGGAUGAAUUUUGGAUAAAGUGUGGAUGGUGUAAAGGAAGAAAUUUUUGUGGCCCAUGUAUCACGGAAUCUUCAAGGAAGAAUAGAUUUAAGAAUUACGCCUUUCAAUUCAUGCGGAUAAAGUUAUGUCAAAUGUUUGAAUUACCUUGCCCUUAUUAA